UGGGCCAGUCUGCUACCCGGCCCAGGCCCGUUAGGGACCCAGACGCUGAGCGCAGUCCCCAGCCGGGGAGUUUCAGCGGCGGGGGGACGACCCAGGUGGCGUUUCCGGAGUUGGGAGGCACUACCUGACGCGGCUAUUUUGUUUUUCUAGUUUUCAGCUACCGAAGGUUGGAUAUCGGACAUGAAUUACUCACGGUUCCUCACGGCCACGAGCGCAGCGAGAAAGCCUUCUGCCAUCCGAAUCAUGACUGAGACAUUGAGCAGGGCACCGAAAUCGGUCAUCUCCUUGGCUACUGGAUCACCAAACCCCAACACCUUCCCUUUUAAGACUGCUGUUAUCACCGUAGACAAUGGAGAGCCCAUCCAGUUUAAUGAAGAGAUGAUGAAGAGAGCACUUCAGUAUUCUCAGAGUGCUGGAAUCCCCGAGCUGUUGUCCUGGCUAAAACAGUUACAAGUAAAAUUGCAUAAUCCUCCCACCAUCAAUUAUCCAACCAGCCAAGGAAAAAUGGACUUAUGUGUAACAUCUGGCAGCCAAGACGGCCUUUGUAAGGUGUUUGAAAUGAUCAUUAAUCCUGGAGAUAAUGUCCUCCUUAAUGAACCUGUUUACUCAGGAACACUUCAAGCUCUAAUGCCUCUGGGCUGCAACAUUAUUAAUGUUUCCAGUGAUGAAUAUGGUAUUAUUCCAGGCUCCCUCAAAGAAGUACUUUCCAAAUGGAAGCCAGAAGACUCAAAAAACCCCAAGAGAAACACCCCCAAAUUUCUUUACACUGUCCCAAACGGCAACAACCCUACUGGAAACUCAUUAACAACUAGCCGCAAGAAGGAAAUCUAUGAGCUUGCAAGAAAAUAUGAUUUCCUCAUAAUAGAAGAUGAUCCUUACUAUUUUCUCCAGUUCAACAAGUCCUGGGCACCAACAUUUCUUUCCAUGGACGUUGAUGGGCGUGUCAUCAGAGCUGACUCUUUUUCAAAAGUCCUCUCCUCUGGGUUGAGACUAGGGUUUAUAACUGGUCCAAAACCCUUGAUAGAGAGAGUUGUCUUACACACACAAGUUUCAACUAUGCACCCCAGCACUUUUACACAGCUUCUAGUAUCACAGCUUCUACACCAAUGGGGAGAAGAAGGUUUCCUGGCUCAUGUAGAGAGGGUUACUGAUUUCUAUAGGAAGCAGAAGGAUGCAUUACUGGCAGCUGCAGACAAAUGGUUAAGUGGUUUGGCAGAAUGGCAUGUUCCUACUGCUGGAAUGUUUUUAUGGCUUAAAAUUAAGGGCAUUUAUGAUGUAAAACAACUGAUUGAAGAAAAAGCCAUUAAGAAAGAGAUAUUAAUGAUUCCUGGAAAUGUUUUCUACACUGAUACCUCAGCACCUAGCCCUUACUUUAGAGUGUCCUUCUCUUCAGCUUCUCCAGAACAAAUGGAUAUGGCCUUCCAGAGAUUAGCCCAAAUUAUUAAAGAAUCUUUAUGAAGAAAUCUUUAUAGUACUCAUGGAUUUUUCAGAUAAAUUAUUUUUAUGAUUUAGCAGGAAGAAAUGAUCGUUGGCAUUAGAUUUACAGGUUAGAUUUCAUCAAACAUGUCAUAUCUGUAGUAAUUUAACUAGAUGACUUUUAAAGUGCCCUUAAAUUAAUCAGAUUGCCAAAAUAUAUUUAUAAUCUACUUAUACCUUUUGAUAAAUAUUCAACUUGAAAAUUAUUUUUAUCCUGGAUUUUAUUGUAAAGACUCUAGCUGCUCUAUGGUUUCCCAUAAAUUUUCCUUGAAACUUAACAUUUUACAGUAAAUUAUUUUGAAAAUGUAAGAAAAUAAAUUCAAAAUGGUAUAUAAUGUGAACUCUUUCUAUUUUUAGGAAAAUUUAAUGAAAGCUUGUUGCAAAAAUUGUUAGGAUUUGUCCAUUGUAAAUGAUUUUCAGUAAGAGGACUAGAGACAUUAUGUUGUGCCAUAGAUACCCCUUUAAAAUAAAAUUCUGAAACUAAGCACAUCUAAAGGCAUCAGACCUAUUAAUUCUAAAUAAGGAAGAGAGAUCAGGGGCUUAGAAAAAUAUGCUACAGUGUAUUUUCAUAAUACUGCACAAUGUACAAAAAUACAGUCUUAUCAGUUUUGUAAUUUAAAUCUACACCCCUUUGAGGUACUUAGGAUAUACUUUUUAAUGAUUUUCUUUCUCACCUUUUCAGACCUUUAUUUUUCCCAUAUGGCUAUUGAUAUAAUAUAUGCUUAUUAGAAAUUUUUCAAACAAUAUAGUAAAUAUAAGUGAUAAAGUAAAAGCCACUUGCUGUCUUACCCCCCAGUGAAAACCGCUGUCAACAUUUAUCAUCCAUCCUUUGAGAUGUUUUUCUAUGCAUGUGCAUGUUAUAUGUAAAAUAAUAGGAUCUCCUUAUGACAGUGUAUCAUAAAUACCCUGCAUUUGCUUUCUAUUGCUGUUUAACAAAUUACCGCAAUGUUCCAAGAUCUAGCAAUUGUUAAGUUGUAAGUUCCUUUAAGGAAUUAGGAAAUCAUUGUUAUUUAUGACAUCCUUUGUGUAUACAGGCAUACCUCAGAGAUAUUGUGGGUUUGGUUCCAGACCACCACAAAUAAAGCAAAUACUGUGAUAAA